AUGGAAGUUUCUAAAACAUUAUUUGUAAUCAACCCAGAAGAUAAAUUUUUAUGUUCAUAUCAUGGCGGAUUAAUGGAUGUACCAUUUGAAAAUAGUACUUGUUUACAUUGUUUUUGUUCAUUUUGUGUUGAAACAUUAACACAUUGUCCAAUUGAUAAUUUUCCUUUAACAAAUAUUUCUAUUAAUGAACAAUUAAAAGAUGAGUUUGACCAAUUAUUAUGUUAUUGUCAAUAUGGUGUUGAAGAAAACCCAAAUAAUGGUGAAAUUACAACCAAAGUAAAUGGAUGUAAUUGUUUAAUUAGCUAUGGAUCAAAAUUGGCACAUGAAAGACAAUGCAAAUUUAAUAGUCAUGGUGUUAUUAGUGAUCAUAGUAAUGAUAAAUCAUCACCAACACUAUCAUAUCAAGAUUUCUAUGAAAUGAAAUCAUCAGGUGAUUCAUUUUCAUCACCAAAAUCAAAUACAUCUUUCAAUUCUUCAAAAUCACCAUCAUUUGAAAAUAUUUCACCAUCACAACAACCACCAUCACCAAAUAUUAAUAAUAAUAUUAAUAACAAUAAUAUAAAUAAUAAUAAUAAUAAUAAUAUAAAUAAUGAAGAUUUUGAUAAUAAUGCAUUAUGGGAAUCAAGUACAACUUUAUUCUUUUGUAAUAGAUAUUGUCCAAAUAAAGAGUUUGGUUGUUUUUAUAGUGGAAAGACUGAACAAGAUAUUACAUAUCAUUUAGAGGUUGAAUGUUAUUGCCAAAAAAUGAAAGAUAAAAUUUCACAUUUGGAACAAAAAGUUGAAGAGAGAGAAAAAGAAAUUAGAGUUUUAAGAUCAUAUGAUUCAACUGCACUUGUUGGUAAAACUACACCUUCCACAAGUUCUUCUUUAUCCUCUUCACCUCUAUCAUUAUCAUCAUCUUCAAAUAAUAAUAAUAAUAAUAAUAAUAAUAAUAAUAAUAAUAAUAACAAUAAUAUAAAUAAUAAUAGUAAUAAUAUUGGUAUUAAUAAUAGUGACAAUAAUUUAAAUACAAAUGGUAGUAAUGAAUCUGAUGAAGAUUAUAAAAAAAAUAGACAAAUUCAAAGCUAUCCCAUUAUUAAAAUGAUACAUUUUUUCUUUCAAAUGGUUGCUAAAGGAAUUAAAAAAAGUUUUAUAAAAGUGAAGAAAUUCUUUAAAAGAAAAAAUAGUGAUAGCCCAUACAAAAAUUUUAUCAAGAUUAAAUAA